AUGGCGGCGAGCGGCAGCGCGGAGAGCGCGAGCGACAGCCCCGCGGUGUGGGCCGAGGUGCGGGCGCUGCUGCCCCGCGCCGAGGAGGGGCUGACCUUGGCGCUGAGCGGCGAGGUGGAGGACUGCGUCCCGCCGCUGCUGCUGCGGGCCCGCACGCUGCUCUACGGCGCGGCGGGCCGGCCCGGGGCCGGAGCGGCAGCGGCGCUGGAGCGCCUCAGCGACGUCCUGCGCGACUAUUCCUGGGAGAAGCUGAACGCGGUGCCGUGGAGGGAAGUCAGCAAGGCCUGGCGCCAGGUCUACGCCUACGGCUGCCUCUUCGGGGCGCUGGCUGAGGUGGCCGCGGGCCGCCCGCUCGCGCGCGCCGUGCGGCUCUGCGACCUGGGGCUGCUGAUGGGCGCCGCCGUCCUGGACAACGUCCUGUCGCGCCUGGCGCGCGCGCUGCAGCCGCACCUGCCCCGCGCGGCGCCGGGCGGCGGAGCUCGCGCCGAGAGGGUCCGGCUGCAGCCGCCGCCUCCUGCGCUGCAGCCGCAGGAGGUGAUUCCGCACCUUCGCUGUCCUUCGCUGGAGCGCUUCAGGGACUGCUACCUCAUUCCCCAGCGGCCCGUGGUUCUGGAGGGCGUCAUGGACCACUGGCCGUGUAUGAAGAAGUGGAGUGUGGACUACUUCUGUCAAGUCGCAGGGUGCCGCACAGUCCCUGUGGAGUUGGGUGUUCGGUACACAGAUGAGGAAUGGUCUCAGCAGCUCAUGACUGUCAGUGACUUCAUCAGCCAGUAUAUCAUGGAUGAGAACAAUGUAGGAUACCUUGCCCAGCACCAGCUUUUUGAUCAGAUCCCAGAACUUAAAGAAGAUAUCAGUAUCCCUGACUACUGCUGCUUGGGGGAAGGAGAAGAAGAUGACAUCACCAUUAAUGCUUGGUUUGGUCCAGGAGGUACAAUCUCACCUCUUCAUCAGGAUCCCCAGCAAAAUUUUUUAGCCCAGGUAUUUGGAAGAAAGUAUAUCCGUCUCUACUCACCACAAGAUUCAGAAAACCUGUACCCCCAUGAAAGCCAAAUUCUUCACAACACUAGUCAGGUUGAUGUAGAAGAUCCAGACUUGGUCAAAUUUCCAAAUUUCAAAAAGGCUGCAUUUCAGUCCUGCAUUCUGAUGCCUGGACAGAUUCUGUUUAUUCCAGUUAAAUAUUGGCACUAUGUGCGAUCGCUUGAGCUCAGUUUCUCCGUUAGUUUCUGGUGGUCAUAGCUCUGAAAUGUAGUCAGCAGCACUGAAAAGGGAAUUAAAAAUCAGGGAAGUAGCACCUCUCUCUCAGGAGAGGUUAGAGGUGGAGUAAAACCAAAAACCAACAAACUCUUGCUAAAGCAUGGAGAAGUAGUCACAAUGGGUAAGUGGAAAGAGUAUGCUGUAGCCAUGUCAUUUUUGUAUGUUUCUAGUAACUCCUAAAGACCAUGUGUUAGGUCCUGUGUGCGCAUCCCUCAGAAACAGCCUGUGUACAGGCACUACCAGGGCUCUGCCUGAGCCUCUCUAUCUCUCUCUAUUUGGAUUUAGAAACACUAAACCCUGGAGUUAGCUACAGAGAUGGUGCUACCUAAACGUUCAAUUCAUUAAAAAAUUAAGCUAACACCAAGCAAGGUACUAGUCUCCUGCAUGGAAAAAGUUACUUAUGUCCUGGUCUGGCCAGGAUAGGGUUAAUUUCUGCAGCCAGGAGGGGCAUGGCCCAGACCCAGAGGCUCCUCUGUACCACCUCAGCCUGCCACCUAUGCAGGCCAGGGGCAGGAAGGGGCUCCUUGGUCUCUUAGUGAUUGUAUGUAUGAAUCUUUUUGUGUGAAUCUUUUGUAUCUCUUGUACACUUUGUUAUUGAUAUUGUUGCUAUGACUGCUCAUUUUCUUACUCCUUUGCUGUUUCCAGUAAAUUGUUCUUAUUGCAA